AUGGAAAAAUUUGGAAUAUUAAAUGAUGAAAAUAGUGAAAAAAUAAGACCAACUAUAAAAGGAAUUUCAAUGUUUGUUAGAAAUAUUUGGCCAUCCUUAGAUCAAGAGUCAUUGGUAUUGGGUGCACAAUUAUUUAUUUUUAAUAGGAUUUUCGAUGACUUUAUCGAUUCAUGUGAACCAGAGUUUGGAAUUAAAUAUAUUGAUAGAGCAAUCAAUAUUUUCAAAUUGGGUAAACUAGAAGAUGAUCCUACACCAGUCGAACUCAAUAUUUUUGAUUUGAUUCAUAAUUUAGAAUCUAGAGUUGGAGAACAAAAUCCAUUAAUCAAUCUAUUCAAAAAUGCUUACUUGGAUUAUUGUUAUAAUUUAGUUCCAUGGCAAAAUAUGAAUAAAUUAAAUGGUGAUAUGAGUAUGAAUUUAUAUUACAAUUUAAGAAUACAUAAUUUUGCAACUGCACCCCCUUUUUAUAUAAGUUUAAUUUUCAAAAUGAAAAGAUUAAACCCUGAUAUAAUUCUUGACCCACUUUGGAGAAGUUUAAUUGAAAGUGGAGGAAAAAUUGGUGCUCUCUACAAUGACGUAUUAUCUUAUGAAAAGGAAGUUAGAGAAAAAGAAGAAAGAAUGAAUAGUUUCCAUUUUAUGAAAACUCAAAACAAUUGGACUGAUCAAGAAUGUCUUGAAUUCUUUGAAAAAGAACUGGAUAAUUGUUUUGAACAAUAUUUUAUUCAUGAAAACCUUAUUAUUAAAAAAUUCAUUCCAACUCUUCCAAACAAAGAAGAUCAAGAAGAAUUCAAUCAAAUCCUAGAAUUCGGUCAUACAAUGUUGUCUUCUUUACUAAUGAUGUACAGACUAAAACCAAACUAUAAAUCAUCAGAUUCAAUCUUUAUUGAACUUAGAAACUAA